GCCCCGAUGUUCAACAGGAGUAGUAGUGUAGUAGCAGUGGUCUGCCACUAGGAGACGUGCUCGGAUAACAAACGUCUCUACUAUUGACUCACAUUCUUCUGCAAGGAUCCUAACUACAAAGGAAACUCUGGCGAAAGACACCGGAUCUAGUUUCUGGAUAGUAGCAGAAAAGUGACUUCCUGUGACUCCCUUCCUUAAAACCAAAGAAGCCGCUGCACCGUCUGCCGCCGCGAGCGCUGAUUCCCUCCACGCGAAGACAACGCGGAAAAUCCUGGGAUUCUAAGUCUAUAGAUAUUGCUGCUGUAUUGUACUGUAAAGUGUCUUAAAGGAGCAAAGAGUCGCCAUGUCAGCAAUAGCCACAGUGAGGAGCAAUAAAACAACCAUCCUGGAGGUUUUGAGUGCAGACCCCACUCUGAUCCUCACCAAAGUUCAUGAGAAGGAACUGAUAACCGAUCGUGAAAAUAGGAACCUUAGAAGUAGCAACAGGGUAAAUGUAGAAGAGCAGAUGAUUGAGCUUAUGGAUAAGAUGAUAAAUAAAGGAGAGGACACUUGCCAGGACUUCCUGAACCUCCUGCAAACUGACAAGGACAUCAGGUCCACGUAUCCUAAGCUGCAGAACAUACAUCAUAACAAGCCUUUACCUAAACCGGUCCAAGCUUGUUCAGAUUACGAUGCACCUUCACACAAGAGACUUAAACAGGAUGAGCAGUAUCCACUGAACAGCCAGCCUGUCGGUCUGUGUCUGAUUAUGAACAACGAGAACUUCAGUGAUGGGAGCGUAAGACGUGGAAGCAGUAAAGAUGCUUGUGAUUUGUCUGAAGUGUUCAGCUGGCUGGGGUUCAGAGUACUGGUGUGUAGAGACCAAACUGCUGAUCAGAUGGAGCGAGCACUCAAAUGCUUUGCUUCUCUGAGCAGCGUCUCUCAGCUGCAGGAGUUUGGUUUAAAGGAGUGGACCAACAAUGGAUUCACUGAACUUCAGCAUCCUCCUCCUGAGCACGGUGAUGCCUUUAUCUGCUGUAUACUGAGUCACGGAAAAAAGGGUGUCAUCCUAGGGAUUGACUGGAAGCCUCUCUGCAUUCAACAAAUACCCAAAACCUUCAAGGCAACUGACCAAUCAGCCCUUACUGGCAAGCCCAAGGUGUUCCUAAUCCAGGCCUGUCAGGGACCAGACAUACAGAAAGGAGUGAUAUCAUCAGACUUGGAAGCAGACGAUUCUUCUCUGUCCAUUCCUGUGGAAGCUGAUUGUCUGGUUCAGAUCUCCACCGUUGAAGAUUACAAAUCUUUCAGACAUGUGAUUGAUGGGAGCUGGUUUGUCCAGUCUGUGUGUAAACAGCUUAAGGAGGGCUGUCCAAGAGGUGAUGACAUCUUAACGAUCCUUUGCCGUGUGAACGAUGAGGUGAGCAAGAAGGAGGGCCCCAGUUCUCAGAUUGGUAAAGAGAAGCAGAUGUCUGUAAUCAGCAGAGUCACCUUGAGGAAGACACUUGUGCUGUCGCCACACACACAGCUGACACAUCAAUAAUUCAAACAAGCUGCCUUCAUAGUAAACAGUAGGGCAUGAAAAUGUUUGUUCCCUGUUUUUGUUUUUCUAAAUAUUUGGGCUUUUACCAAAAUAAGGCAGACAGUACUGUGUGAUUGAAACAUUGGCAGCUCCAUGUUUUAAUUAGAGGGUUAUGUAGUCGUUGCAGAUUUACAUUUAAUGAUGAUAAGAACACAAUCACAGGUGCUAAAUUCUGUCAUUUAUUAUUAAUAAAUAAUUACUGAUAUAUUUUUUCAAAUACAGUUUGCGACUGUAAAGAGAAAUGUUUUGUACUUUUUAGUAAACAUUGUUUGUAUUUGUGCAUGUGUUUGUGAUAUUAUUCAGCCACAUCACAGCUUCAACAGGAGCAAAUAAAGAAAUAUAUAAUGUG